AUGGCGUUUACACGAUACUAUCCUGUGUCAAGUCAUAUUUAUGAUCCAGCAGUAGCUCCAACAAAACCUAUUCAACAUGCCACUGCAAUUGAUAGUGCAAAAUUUCAAAAUGGUAACACAGCAAGAUUUGAUACAACUUAUCGUACGGAAUAUAUCAACCGACUUCGAAAUUUUCCAGAUCAGUAUACGAAACCAACUCGACAAUUUAAAACUGCUCUUAAUCAAUAUUCUGUAUUACCACCAAUAUCUGCUACUAAUAAUAAUCCAAAUGAUACAAUGGAGCGUAAUAGUCUAUCUGAUGGUCAACAACCACAACAACCAUUUUAUGAUCAAAUAGUACCCGGAAAUGACACAAUGCAACAAUUACAUUAUAAUAGUGAAAGAGAAUAUUAUGAGCAACAACAACAACAACAACAACAACAACAGCAGCAGCAGCCAAUGAUGAAUAAUGAAGAUCCCUAUUUACCUGUAGAACCAGUUAUAUUGACUGAUUUUGAAGAAACUCGUUUAUCUGAACAAAUACGUACUCAAUUAGGAAGUGGCGUAACAGUUGAUCGAUUAAAAAUAUUAUUUCAAGAAUUACUUGCUUAUGAUGCCAACUCAACGGGCUAUGUACACUAUUCAAGUAUUCAAUCGUUGACUUAUCAACUUGGACUUCAUAUGGCUGAGGAUACACUUCGUUUUGCCAUGUGCAAAUUUGUUUCACCAAAUCAACCACGUGGUUUUGUGAAUUAUGAAGAUCUUAUUCGAUAUAUUGGAAAAUGUCUUUCAGCAAUUUCUCCUAACCAAUACGAAUAUCAACAACAGCAGCCACAGCAACAGCAGCAGCAACAGGGACAAAAUAGUCCACAAAAAUCAGCGAAGCCUAGUGCUAAUUUUAAGUUGAAUGAUGAUGAUCCAUUUGAUCCUGAUGAACGACAAAUACGAGUGUUAUUAAAUCAAAAUUUAAAACAUUUUGAUCUAACUGGUACAAUUGACUUCGAUAAAUUAACUUACGAAUUAAGUACCGUUGAUCGGAAUCAAAGUGGAGUUUUAAAUCGACAACAAGUUGAAGAAGUUGUAUAUAAAGUUCGUAUACCGUUACAACGUUCAUUGAUAUAUCAAAUACUUGAAAAGCAUUGUCGAACGACUUCAAAAUUAUAUGAUUGGAAGGCUUUUGUUCGUUAUCUACAAGAACAAAUAUUUGAUAUAAAACAAAUUCAAGAUCGAUCAAGUCCAGUUUAUCAACAAUAUGUUCCGUCUCGUGACAAAUGGCUUGAUGACCUUCAAAGAGAAUUUCAUGAAAAAGAUCGUUUACGCAUCAUCGAAAGAUUCAUUUCUAAUAAUGAAGGUGUACGAUCGGAAAGUACGCAUCCAACGGCUUGGUUUACAAGAUUUUUACGUUUGGCUAAUGCGAUGUACACUCAUCGACGUAAUUCAAACGUGUCACAAGAUUUUGUAUUACCUCGAGAGGAAGCUCGUCGGCUUUUCCGUGCUUAUAAUCAUAUAUGGGAUUUGAAAAUCGAUGAAGGUAGAAUGCAAAAGGUUUUCGAAGGAUGUUCUCGAAAUGGUCAUGUUGUUAUUGACGAAGCACUUAAACAACUUGCGAAAUGA